UCAGUUUGUUUAACAAAUACAAGCAUCCUUUAGUACUAAUCUUUACAUCUGAUAUAUUUAAUAUUCUUCCCACCUUAAAAAUACAAAUCUCCAACAUCUCUCUUUUCACAUAUGCCAUUCUGUCCUAUACACUUGAAGCCACCAUGGAUAAACACUGGAACACCAAAGACUGGAAGCCCACUGUCAUUGACUCAGGAUAUAGCAUGCGGCCGUUUGUAACUUUAAGCACCAAGGUAGGUAUUUCCGCCAAAGUACCAAACUCAUCAUAUCUGACACUCAAGCCAGGAAGUCGAAACACAUCGCGAAAAACUGAGAGUCUGCACUGAGGAUCUAGAUCGUUUUCCCUAUACUCCCGAAAACUGGAGAAGCCGAUCUGAAGUCCUUUUGAAAUUGGGGUUUCCGGAACUCGCCGCAUUUGAUGCUUAUAAGACGAUUCUUCUGGCAAAUUAUGUAUUUGAUGGUGAAGACCGUGGCUCGAAAGUAUGGCUCGAGAUGGGAAUGAUGAUGUGGUAUCGAGCUAUUAUUAAGGUACCGCCUAACACAGAGUGAGCCAUUUGAGGGACCUCUGACAAUGUUAGGGUGUCUCGUGGAACGCAAGUGUUUCCGUAACAACACUUGGUCGGGAAAUAGUUGAUCUGUUGAAAGAUGAACGAAAGCUAGCGUGCGUCCUUGUUUACCCUCUCUCUUAAUGGGGUUAAUUUUUACUUACACAUGGUGCUUUAGAUAUUGCCAAUUGCUCUAUGCACUUGACCAUCUUCAAUCUUAUCAAGAUAUGAAACAGAUAUCUGCAGAAGCAUUGAAGGUUUAUCCGACGGACUCCAGUCUCCAACAUCUCCAGCGCCAUGCAACAUGUUUAUAUGAGAUGAAACUAAACGCAGUAAAGGCCAUGUCUUCAUCUGACGAAACCAAAUGGAUCGCUAUAGAGAUGGGAAAGGUAUCUCUCAGACCAUAUCCAUGGGCAUCCGAAGUUAAUACCAGAACGAAAGAGUCAAUCGAAUUUGCUAAUCAAAACCUUAGCAAGUGUUCGAAGGUACUCAGAAUCCAACCUUCAACUGUGAAUAUAUCAGGCUCUGAUAAAAUCUCAUACGGUAUGUUUGCAACCAAAGAUAUUCGUGCAGGAGAUAUUCUUCUGGAGAGCAGCCCUGUCUUAUGUGUAAAACAAUCACAAUUGAGGCAGCACAAAAAUUUCCUAGAUUCAUUGAUUUGGAAGAGCAAGACUGGGUUGGAGAUGACUGGCAGUUGUUUUAAUUGUUUUGAAAAUUUGCGAGGUACGAGUCGAAAAUAUGGAUUUGUGUGUUGUGCCCAUCUCUACUUCUGUAGUAAGGAGUGCAGAAAUUUAGCACAGCAGUAUUACCAUGAUGGUCUAUGCGGGAUGGAUAUAUCACAUAUCUAUACUGAUGCCGAAGGAGAAAAGUGUUUUCCAUCUGCGCCAGAAAUCUCUAAAUUAAUUUGGUUACGGCUUUUGGCGACGUGUAAACAGGGAGGUGGGCAUCCACUUCAACAUCCUCUCAUGGCCCAUUUGGCGGGUCAUGAAGCGCAAGCCCAUGAUCCAUGGUCUUUAGAAACUCGAGUUAUGACGCCAUUAAAAAUAUUGCAUAUGCUUGGUGUCGAUAUCUUCGCAGACAAAUGUUUUGACACUUGGAUAUUGGAAACCUUGUGGUAUGUCAUUUUCCCUCUCACAAAACAUUUUUCAACGGAACUAAUGUACAUCCACAGGCAAAGAUUUAGGAUCAACGCUGUUGGCGGGCUGGGGGAGAACAAUGAACACGAAUGCUGGGUCGAUGGCUCAUACGCAAUGUUUAAUCACAGUUGUGAAAAUCCACCAAUGCUAUGUCUCUUACAUACUGGUUCGGGCGCCAAAUUUCAAUGCCAUGCUGAAAGAGAGAUCAAGAAAGGAGAAGAGGUGUUUGCAUGCUAUAUCGAGGAACUUUCCAAAUCAACAGAGGAGAGACGGCAGAUGCUUGAUGGGUGGCUUUCGGGUGACUGUAUGUGUAAGAGAUGCUCGCUCGGUUGAUUAAGGAGUUGGUGGAAUACGGGGGUGCCUGUUAACAGACUUCCAUGGAAACCAUCACCUUUAGUGUUACAAUCGAUUGAUCGCAGAUGGGCAUCAAAAAGAAUACAACUUGUGGGGGUAAUCCCAUACCGUUGCUUCAUCAUGGAUUCAUCUUCGGCAGAAAAGAUAGAAGCCAUUCCCAUGUGCGGUUGAGAUGAAGCGUAUGUGAAUGGCAUUGUGAAAGGAGAUGAUUGUGCUAGUGGAAAGAGGUAGUCUAGUAAGGUGAGAAUCAUUCUCUUGGGAAGGGCUCUUGUAGAUGGGCGCUGAUAUCAUCGAACACUCAAGGACUCACAAUUCAAGCAGAUAUACUGAAAGCGAGUCCAGAAGAAAGCCCUUGAAUGAACCUUCUUUCAUGCUUGAUCCUGCUGAUUUUGUUCGCCGCAGUCACAGCCAUCAUUUUACCCCAUGAAAGUUGCACUUUAAACCUUUCUAUAUUCACAACAUAUCACUGCUAGGACUGGAUUUCGUCGAACAUUGUCUUCGGUACUUUCUACAAUUUCGAUAAUAUUGCAUGGAGGUUUAAGUUUGAUCUCAAUACUCCACCGCAUCUCAUGUAUGAUGGAUGUCAUCUGAGCCGUGUUGCUUCAACAGGGGAGGGGAUCUUGAGCACUUGCAUCAUUGUAUCUAAAUGGCCUUAGUACUGUGAUGUUAUGGCAUUUCGAAAGGAAUGCAAUGUCCUGAUUCGUCACAGGAAGUUAUCCGGAUGUCACAAUGUUGUAUUGCUGACGCUUGGCGGUGAGUGGGACUAUUCGGUGCUCCACAAAUUCACGCAGGAGCAAAGUAUUCUCUUCCCGAUAGAGCAGAAUUACCUGCAAUCUCGC